AUGUCCAAGACAUCCAAAGGGGAUGCAAACGCUUCGAAGGAAUGGGGCUACGACUAUGAAAAGGGUGAAUUCAACACGGCCAAGGAAGCCGAAUAUCCACGAGCGUUGUGCGAGCAGUACGCCAACAUCCUGGAGCAUAUGGUUUUUGGGUCACUGGAUGGAAGGCAUGCAAAUGUGGUUGUGGACAAGAUGCUUGGCGUGGUGGUUGAUACUUCAGACAAUACUGCUAUCAAGGUUGACAACAAGGAAUCUCGCAAGAGAGAGCUUGUAGGUGAACUCCAAAACAUCUUGCGAGCUGGAUCGCUGGAUGCCUCCAACCUAGCGCCUGUUUUGGGCCGGAUCCAAUAUGCGGAGAUGCGUAUUUCAGGCCGCCGUGCGAUGGCCGACAUCAGAGAGUGGGAGAAGCACGAAGGUUCAAAGAAAAACCUUCCACUGGAUGACAUUUCUCGUGCAGCUUUUGAGCUCCUGCUGGCACGCGUCAAUUCAGGAAAACCUCAACAUAUCACAGUGGACGAACCUCAAAGACCUAUUCUUAUUUUCACUGACGGGGCGGUAGAGACGGGAGCGGGUGGCGAAGUUGAAGCCACCAUUGGUGGAGUGAUUUUUGCUGACACAGGUACACACGUUUUUGGAGCGCACGUGGAUGCACAAGUGUUACAGAGUUGGAUGGAAGAGCUGGUCCAUCCUGUUGGACUCACUGAACUUUAUGGGAUCGUUGUCGCAUUAGAACGCUUGGAUGAGAAUGCCGAGAGCCAUUUGGAUGGCACGAGUGCCUUCUGCAAGCAAUGUGGCGGAUUCGCCAAGUCGUGGCAAUUGGGAUGA